AGGCCACGUCGUGAGUUGGAGACCUCCCUACGGACUCUCUAAAACCUCUAACACGGCAGCAGCGGCGGCGGCGGCGGCGGCGGCGCGGAGCCAUGGCUAGUUGGGUCCGAACCCGCUCCCUUUUCUCCCGCUGUGCCUCUCACUACGCUGCUCCUCCGUCGACUUCGCCUUCGCGCUUCUACGCUGCGGUGGAGGCAGCGUUCGCCAGGUCCUCUUCUUCCUUGGCCAAGAAGGCGAAAGCAGGCUCCCCACUGGAGCAGGCACCGGCCACAGCGGCGGAGGACGAGGACGUGCCUACCUCGGGAAUCAGCCGGCCUCUGUCGGAGAUCCUUAAAGAACUCAACAAGAAAAUUCCCGAGUCUCUCGUCUCGACCCGCCUCGAAGGGGAUGCCGCUCUAAAAUAUGUUCCCUGGCACUUCCUCAAUCGAAUCCUAAAUGUGCAUGCCCCUGAAUGGUCUGGUGAGAUUCGAAAUAUUGUCUAUUCUGCCGAUGGAAGUUCAGUCACUGUUGUGUAUCGGAUAACGCUGUAUGGGACUGAUGCAGAGAUAUAUCGAGAAGCUUCUGGAACUGCUGCUGCUCAUAAUACCAGCUAUGGGGAUCCUGUGCAGAAGGCAGAAGCAAUGGCUUUCCGCCGAGCGUGUGCACGUCUUGGACUAGGACUUCAUCUUUACUAUGAAGAUGCAUCAUAAAAUGUAGAUUCUGUUUAGCAUCGUUUUACUGAUGACUACUAUCAGAUUUUGACGGCAAGUAUUGUGUAUACUUGCUUCCCUCAUUGGUAGUGUUCCUAUGAUGCAGACAAUAUCUGUACUCGGUCAGUAGUGCACUGUUCUUAGUUUGUGCUGCUAAAAACUGUAGGAUCUUAAGAUUCGCUGUCUGAUUUUCAUGUGAAGCAUGAAUGCUAUUAAGAACAUCAGCUGUUAGGGA